CUCCGGCUUGCGGCAUCUGUUCCCUGCAGCCAGAGUGUCGCCCAGUUACCGCAAGGCUCGGGUAGAGACACCUCUUUCCCUGCUUUGCGAGAGGAGAGUCGUGUGUCCUGGUGUCUGUAGCAGAUACAAGAGCGAGGUGGCCGGUCUGAAAGCCUUCCACUACGCGCGUGACUGUAUUGGUCUGUCUACUACCCGCCAUGCCGCUGCCCGUUGCACUGCAGACCCGCUUAGCCAAAAGAGGCAUCCUCAAACAUCUGGAGCCCGAGCCAGAGGAAGAGAUCAUUGCUGAGGACUAUGAUGAUGAUCCCGUAGACUAUGAGGCCACCCGGUUGGAGGGCCUGCCACCGAGCUGGUACAAGGUGUUCGACCCUUCCUGCGGGCUCCCUUACUACUGGAAUGUGGACACAGACCUCGUGUCCUGGCUCUCCCCACAUGACCCCAACUCCGUCGUUACCAAAUCUGCCAAGAAGCUCAGGAGCAAUAACACAGAUGCUGAGGAGAAGUCAGACAGGAGCCACGAGAAGUCAGACCGGGGCCACGAGAAGUCAGACCGGGGCCACGAGAAGUCGGACCGGGGCCACGAGAAGUCGGACCGGGGCCACGAGAAGUCAGACCGGGGCCACGAGAAGUCUGACAGAGACCGAGAGCGUGGCUAUGAUAAAGUGGACAGAGAGAGAGACCGGGACCGGGACCGGGACCGGGACCGGGGAUAUGACAAGGCAGAUCGGGAAGAAAGCAAGGAACGGCGCCACCAUCGCCGGGAGGAGCUCGCCCCUACCCCAAGAGCAAGAAGGGUAACAAGCCGGAAGGAUGAUGAGCUAGACCCCAUGGACCCCAGCUCGUACUCGGAUGCACCCCGGGGCACAUGGUCAACAGGACUCCCCAAGCGGAAUGAAGCCAAGACGGGUGCAGACACUACAGCAGCAGGGCCCCUCUUCCAGCAGCGCCCCUACCCAUCCCCAGGGGCUGUGCUCCGGGCCAAUGCCGAGGCCUCCAGAACCAAGCAGCAGGACUGAACCUUCACACGUCACCCCUUCCCUGGCCUUGAAGUUUUCAAUAAAAACUUUGUCGGGGAAUUAAUG